UUUUUUUUCUCCCAGUCGGAGAUACAACCCCGAGUUCCCAGUUGUCUUGAACGCACUGAAGUCGGAAGUCUGAGAUUUCCGAGUUCCAAAUUCCUAGUUGUUAUGAACGCGGCAUUAGUCUUGUCUAGGGGCUGGGUUUCUGUAUUUUAUCUAAAGAACAAAUCCGUUGAACGCAAAUAUGGAGAGAUAAAGACAUUGAAAAGAAACGGAAGAAGUAUGCCUGUAUUACCAUAAGAUUUUUAAAAUGGCAAUACGGGAACUAAAAGUGUGUCUUCUUGGGGAUACUGGAGUGGGCAAGUCUAGUAUUGUAUGUCGUUUUGUACAAGACCAUUUCGACCACAACAUUAGUCCAACUAUAGGGGCAUCGUUUUUAACCAAGACGGUCCCGUGUGGACACGAACUACACAAGUUCCUCAUCUGGGACACAGCGGGACAGGAAAGGUUCCACUCGCUGGCCCCCAUGUACUACCGAGGCUCUGCCGCCGCUGUCAUUGUCUAUGACAUCACCAAACUGGACUCUUUCCAGACACUGAAGAAAUGGGUGAAGGAGCUGAAAGAACAUGGUCCGGAGGACAUCGUUGUGGCCAUCGCAGGGAACAAAAACGACUUGGGGGACAUCCGGGAAGUUCCUAUGAAAGAAGCUAAGGACUUUGCUGAGUCCAUCGCAGCUAUUUUCAUGGAGACCAGCGCCAGAAACGCUGUCAAUGUGGAGGAGCUCUUUCAGAAGAUCAGUAAACAGAUUCCGCCCCUGGAGAAUCCAGACCUAGACAGUAACGAGUCCUUUAAGAUAACCCGGCAGCCUCCUCCCUCUAACAAACGCUGCUGCUAGUAAGACCCCCUUUCUGAGUCCCAAAUAGACCCCUACCACCCUACCCCCUACCACCCUACGCCCUAGGUAUUUCAUGUUGAUCUCAAGGGGAUUGGACUGGUGUAGUAUGGUCGAAUAUGUUGGUAACUCUACCUGUCUUAUCUCAAGGAAAGAUGGCGGUAUUAUCGUGUUAACCACAUUGUCUACACCUUAUCCUAUAUUUUCAGAUCGCUAUGAAGUUGCUAGGCCCUAGGGGUAAGGGGCCAAUGGGGUCGGUUUGGAAUUCAGCAUCCGAUUGCCAGUGAGAUUAUCACGUCCUUUGUUUCCAUUCCAUACACAGUUCCAUGGAUCAAGUCUACACAUCCAUCCAUCUUGACACACGGGUCACAAUGUAGCGUUGGUGUACGCCACAGCUGCAUAGUUCAGCUCCUGAUUGGCCCUUUCGACAGUCCACAAUGCAUACACAGUACAUGGGUGUCACGGAGAGAGGAGGACAACAUGGCUUUGGCUUUGUGAUCGAUCAGAACCUCUCUCCCCUAUAGGGAACAGAGUGUCCCAAGUCCAGAAAGCGCCCCUAUAACCCAUAUAAAGCUAGUUGGACAUUUCGCCAUAUUGUACCUAUUCUACCUACCGGAUAUAUCCAGGAUGCAUCACAACCGGGCCGCGAUUGGGAGUCCCAUAGGGCGGGGCACAAUUGGCCCAGCGUCGUCCGGGUUUGGCCCCGGUGUUAGGCCCGGCAUUGUAAAUAAGAAUGUUGUUCUUUAACUGACUUGCCUAGGUAAAUAAAGGUUACGUGUCAAAUAUACUCCUGUGCCUUGGUACGGUGUGCUGUAGGUGUCAUUUCUGGAUACAGAGAGGAACCAGUGUUUUUUGUUUUUAGCUGUAAACAUGUUAAUAAAAUGAAGGAAUACUAUGGUACAUAGUGGGCUAUGUUUUCAGUUCAUAGGCAGCAGCACAGAACAAACCAACAAUGUCAUCCUUUUAGAAAUAGAGAAAAAAAAAAAAAAAAAAAAUCUAAAUUUUAAAUUUAGAAUAUAUAUAUUUUUUUCAUUUAACCUUUAUUUAACUAGGCAAGUCAGUUAAGAAUAAAUUCUUAUGUACAAUGAAGGCCUACCGGAAAUUCAAAAACACGUUAAUUAAAAUAACUUGUGACUUGAGAGUACUUUCUGAAUACGAUUAUGAUAUACGAUAUAGAGCUUAUGAAUUCUCAUUCCCGAACAAUGCAGUCAACAGAUGUGUUGAUCCAUUGUAUUGUAUUGUUUCACCGUUGUCCCAGUAUUACAAUGAUAGGAGUUAAUAUCCAUUGAUUGCAUGAGUUUGGUCUCGCCGACCGUUGUUGUCUUUUUUCCCCCCAUUGAACACUUGUAAAUUCAGGAGAAAAAAAAAAAAGAAACGUCCCCUUUUCAGGACCCUGUCUUUCAAAGAUAAUUAGUAAAAAUCCAAAUAAUUUCA